GGGCGCGGGGCGCUGCAGGGGCCGGGCUUGGCCCACGUGCGUCGCGGAAUCGGGAACAGGGCGGCGCGCCGCGGCCCUCUUCUCCUUUCCUGGUGGGAGGCGGUAACAGCUGGUCUGGGGCCGGGCGGCGGUCGCCCGCCAUGCCUCCCGGACUACCGUGAGGCGCAACGCGCAGCAACAUGGGGCCGGAUCCGGGCUGGGCCGCGCUGGUGCUGCUUUUUGCCGCUUCGCUGCUCACUGUCGCGGCCUGGCUGCUCCAGUACUGGCGGUCGGCGGCUCUGCGAGCGCCGCGGCGGCAGGUGCCGGCGACGGAGGAGGCCGGGGCCCGGGCGCUGCUCGCUGCUCUGCUCGCGCUCCGGUCCUUGCGUGAGCAGUGGCAGCGGGCCUGGGUGCGAGCCCUCAACAGCCAGGCGCGCCGGCACGGGAGUUCAGUGCAGAUCACAUUUGAAGAGGGUCCUCAAUUACCACCAGCAGCAAGUAUAAGCUGUGUGACGUGCAAGGGCCAGUCGGGCCACAGCAUGGUGCUGUGUUGUCAUCUGUCAGCUGAAGCUGUGAAAUUCCCCGUCUCUGUAACCCAGCAGUCUGCAGUUGCUGUUUCUGUGGACACAUAUCACGUCACUUUGGCUCUGCUGCAGGCUCAGGUGGAGAUCCACUUGGAGGAGAUACAGAAUCAGGGUCUCCUGGUGUCAUGGACAUUCAAGGACAGACCAGACUUGAAUCUGUCAGUUCUUCCAAGACUUCAGCCAUGUGAGAAGAAUGAAGGGAGAGCAGAUCUGUCCACCAUAAAGGAUCUAAUCGAGGAUACUAUUGUCAGCACGCAGCCAGCCAUGAUGGUGAAUCUGAAGGCUUGCACAGCAGGAACCGGCACAGUAUCCAGCAGCAAAGUGACCCAAGAGUCUCCGUACAGUGUAGUAGCAGCACCUCUGGGUUCAAAGCUGUUGCUUCGGAAUCUUCGUGUGCUGAACCUAGGCUCACAGAAGAAUGGAGGAGUUGGGGAGAUAUGCUGUGUUGCAGAGCUAGACAGUCCCCCGCAGCAGAAGUGGACAAGGCCAGUGAGAGCUGGUAGUGCUGGCACUGCUGCAGAGAUGGAGUGGAAUGAAGAGCUCUUCCUUGAGUUAGGACCCAGAAGUAAGGAGCUGAAGCUACGGGUGCUGGGGAACGGUGGCAAAGGGGAAGGUGUGCUGCUAGCACAUACUACUCUUUUGCUUGAUUCUUUGGGGAAACAGCCCUCUGGAAGACAGGUCUGCUCCCUGGCCUCAGGAGCUGGGCAGCCACUGGCAGCUGAAGCUACCAUUGUUUUGGAGCUUUUAUACCAGGAUUCUCCUGCAUCUCUGAAUGCUCAGCAUGCCACAGCUCUGCAUACCAGCAUCACCCCCACCAAGAAGGUGGAGAUGGAUCGGACCAUCAUGCCCGAUGGCACCAUUGUGACUACUGUCACCACCAUUCAGUCCCGACCCAAGGUGGACUGUAAGCUGGACUCACCUUCAAGGUCACCGUCCAAAGUGGAAGUGACAGAAAAGAAGACAACAGUGCUUUUGGAAAGCAGCUGUCCUCACAGCUCCUUGUACAGCAGUAGCCGGGACAGCCAGAUGCCCAAUGGCUUGGAUCCGGUGGCUGAGACGGCAAUCAGGCAGCUAACUGAGGCAAAUAACAAGCCCAUCAAGAAGACCCCAACAAAACGUAGCACGCUGAUCAUCUCAGGAGUUUCCAAGGUACCUCUUGAUCAAGAUGAAGUGGCACUUUCUCUGGGUUAUGCUGCAUCCAUGGAGGCCACAGUGUAUGGGGAUACUGUGGCAGUGUGUGCAUCUGACCAGGUACAUGAUUCCACUGAAUCAUCACAGCUGCUGGAAGCGUCACCAUCAGAACAAAGAGCCAGUCAGGAGCUGGAUGAGACAACGCGAUCUGACAUCUCUGAGAGACCAUCUGUGGAAGAUGUUGAGUCUGAAACUGGCUCCACGGGAGCCCUUGAGACCAGGAGCUUGAAAGAUCACAAAGUUAGCUUUCUUCGGAGUAGUACCAAACUCAUCUUCCGGAGAAGGAGCAAGCAGAAGGAAGCUGGCCUCAGCCAGUCACACGAUGACUUGUCCAACGUCACUGCUAGCUCUGCCACCAAGAAGAAAGCUGGCAGCUUCUCCCACCGCCUCAUCAAACGCUUCUCCUUCAAGUCUAAAUCCAAACCUAAAACUAGUGACAGCACAGCAACAGCCCAUGGCUACGGGAGGUGACUGUUUCCUACUGGAUGAGAGAAUGCUGCACCAGACCUGACCACUGAGGAGAAAGAAGAGCAUGGAGGUGCCAAGCCCUGCAGCAGACCUCUUGGGAGUUGUGUGCAUUAGUGACUUAUUUUGUGCUAAUGACUGUCCAUUUGCACUUGGCAAGCAGCUGUGCUGAGUGAAGGAGCCUUACAUAUUGUGGGGGUCAGGUGGUGGCCUUGUGCUCUGCGAGGGCUGUAUCAGUGGAGUGGUUCUGGAGGAGCCAUGUGUUUGGACAAGGAGAGGGUGGUGAUGGGGGAAAAGCUGCUCUGCAAAGGGCCAGUGGUGGCUGCAGGAUGUGGGAUGGGAGGAGGAGGAGAGUGGUGGUGUUUGGGCAGCCUUAUGUUUGCUGCCUGGGCAGCUGUGGAUGAUGCAACCUGAUCUACAGCGGAAGGAGAAAAGGGGCAGGGAUUGGGGCCAUACUGGGGCCACGGGACCCAGGAUAAAGUGACCUGUGACCAAGGUGGUAGGUGACCUGGGGGUUGGGGUGUGGCUCUAGGACUGAUUGGUGGGACUGUGCUGAGUGGAUCUCAGGAAAAGACCCAGUGAGGGGCCUGGUGGUGCUGGAGGUGUGGAACAAGGAUGGAGAUAUUCUAGGGUAUGUGGGGCUGCUCUGCUGGUCCCAGGGCAGGAAUGCCACAGCCCGCUGAAUGCCAGGAGCUGUAGUCUUCUGGCGUGAGCCUUAGGAACAGUCAUGUUCAUUUUGACUGCGUUCAGUGAGGAAGGUGUUUCCUACAGUCUUUCUCUGCAGUGUGAGGAGGGUUGGUGGCUUCUAGCUUCCCAAGGGACAUUUACUCAUCCACUGCAUGCUAACCAGCUGUGCCCUGACAGCAUGUAGGCAGCAUCAGCACUGCUCUCACUGCUACUGCCAGGGAAGUGACAAACACCGCUGCAAGCUAGGUCUGAAAUGAGGGGUGAGGAAAACUUGGUGACAAAAUUAUGGUCUUUGCUGGGCCGUAAUGAUGAAACGUCGGAUCUGUAGCUGAGAGGAUCACACAUACGCAGAAGCACCACAGUAAACGCAUAGACUUCUUCCAGGCAAUUAUAUGCAUGCACUAAAAACAGAUUUCUUUAUCUUCAGAA